CCUCUUAUCAUCGCAUCCCAACCGCAGUUGCACAGAAGGUGCUUCUACGAUCAUUCAAGCUCACUCUCAUAAAACGUAUAGUCUUUAGAAGUUUGUGUGGUUUUCUGUACUGUUAUACUGUAUUCCUUUUUACAGAAAAAGUGGCAAAACAAUUUUAAAAUGAAUUUAAUGAUCACAAUUCUAAUUGCUCUCAUCACAGUGGUUCGUGGUGACCUAUCGGUUCCUAAAACUGUGGAUGAUAUUCUUCAACAAAACCCAUGCCUUUGCCCGUGCAAACCAUUCGAGGAGAAAGAAUACUUCAUUCCCAUCAGUCGGACGAGCGACUGGUUUGGUGCCGUUGCCUACUGCCACAGCGUUGGCAUGGAGCUGGCCGAGGUGCUGAACGAAGACGAAGCACGAGCCAUGGGCGAAGUGAUCGCGGAGGAAGAAUCCGACUCGGAUGACGAGUUUUACUGGAUCGGAGCGAAUGAUCUCGGCGUGCAGGGUACUUACCGGUGGGCAUUAACUGGACGGCCAGUGUUGUACAGCCAAUGGGCUGCAGGUGAACCGAACCAUGCUCGCGGUGAGAAUGGCCAACAGCCCGCUGAACGAUGCGUCGCUGUUGCGAUGGACAAGUACGAGUGGAACGAUUUCCAAUGUACGCAGCAGAAGCCGUUCAUCUGUCAACAGUUCCGAAAACAUUGAAAAGUGUGAAUAAAUCGUGCGUUUUCUCGGUAGAAACAUUUGAGGAGUUUA